CAGACAAAGGGAACAAGUGAAGUUAUCAGCAAAGAAUAAAUACCGUAUAAUAACGAAUUCCAGUUGAUUUGCAAUUUGAUACUUUAUGUCUGGAAAUAUGAAAAUAUUCGACUUAGAUCUUUAGCUUGUUGUUGGGGGAAAAUCGAAAUACUUUAAUUAAAAAAACAAGCUUUCUCAAAAUUAGUUGUAGUACAUAUCAAUAAGUCCAUUAAAAUGUAUGCAAUUAAGUAAAACCGGGGAGACCAGAUAAUGCAUUAUUGUCUUAAGAAUUCAGAAGUAACUUUUCAGAUUGAUACAGAGGAAUAACUGUUAAUGUUGUAGAGUUACAAUGAUGAUUAUCUGUAUUGUAAAGUCUAGUUUUGAGGACUGGGUUCGGUGAAUGCCACAUUAAGAGUAACUAUACGGAAGAAAUUGUAUUUUAAAACGUGGGAUAGUAUUUUGCACAUAACUUACAAUCGAUGAGUAACAAUAGAUUUGAUCGUUUUGAUAUUUUGAACAGCGCAUAGGUUUUAAGAUACAUUUACAGUACAGUACAUUUACAGUACAGUACAAGUAUUCAGGAAUGAAAUUGAGAAACUAAGAAUAAGAAAAAUGUCAGUCGAAGCUAGUGAAUUUUUGACUGAUGAGGAGUUGGAAGAUCUGGGGGAAGAUGGAAUUUCCAUCGCUACCUACGCCUCUGGUUCAGAAAAGAGAACAAUGAAAAAGAAGACAUCGAGUAAGCCACCUCCAUCUCCCAAAUCGCCAUACUUCUCCAGCACCAGCCUGCGCCCCAAAAAAGCAGCAGUUUGGCGGUCAUUGAAAGGGACGGGUACCAUGCACCUUGAAAACCCUUCAGCUCGAGUACCCAGGGAGUUUUGGCUGGCAUCUGUUAAGACUGCAGGUCUGUCACAGCCCCUAAAAGGAGACUUCGAUGCAACACUCACAAGGCAUUCUUCCUCCUCAAACACCCCAGAGUACCUGAAAGAAGCUCUCGGCAUGAAGAAGCCGAAGCACGCACGCUCUUCCACCAACGGAUAUGUUCCAGGGACCCCAGACUUCAGAGAGAAAGAAGAUAUGUAUGAUGAGAUCAUUGAACUUAAAAAGACGUUACAGGCUCAGAAGUCCGAGACUGAUAUAAUGAAAACGAAAUUGCGCAGAUUAGAGGAAGAAAACGGCAAAAAGGAAAAGCAGAUCGAGCAACUCCUUGACCCCACCAAGGGGUCUGAAUAUACCAGGCUUCUGGUUGACAAAAAGAAUGACGCAAGUGCAAUAAUGAAUGGACUAAAACAGAAAAUUCUUAAACUGGAACAGCAGUGCAGAGAGAAGGAUAAUGCCUUAAAUAAACUUCAAAACGAUUUAAAGACAACAAAUAUUGAAGAAAUGAAGAUAGCAAUGGAGACAUACUAUGAUGAGGUACAGAGAUUAAGGAUUUUACUAGCCAAUACAGAAGCUGCAGAGAGCAGGGCUGAGAAAAAAGAAUCCCAGAAACAACAGAAGGCACUUAAUUCAACCGUCCUGAGACUGUCGAAGAACAUCAAACAGCUUCAAGAAGAGAAUAAAUCUCUGAAGCAGGAUCUCGAAAGAGCUAUGGACAACCCCUCUGUUUCUAGUACUGCCAGAGGUUACAGUGACUGGAGCAAACAGAGGCUCAUAAGACGCAUGUCUGAGCUCGAAAAGAAAGCUGAAGAAUCGGGAUCAAAUACUCCCCAAGUGGAAGUGGACAGCGCAAGGGCCACUCAUGUUAGCACAGUGGCAACCAGUUCUGAUAUAGCCACUCAAAGUGUUACCGAGACUCCCAAAGGAUCAGAUUUCCAGCAGGAAUGUAUUCGUCUCCGUGGGCUUGUCAAGAAAAUGAGGGAGGAGCGUGCUGAUCUACAAGAGCAGUUAACUGAGAAGAUUGCUAAGAUAAAACUACUGGAAAGUGAGAAGCUGGAAGUGAUAAAGGAUGCUGAGAGGCUGAAGGCAGUUGAAAAGGAGAAUGCAUGUCAAGAACUCAAAGAACAGAUGGAAAGACUCAAAGAAAAAAUAAAAAAGUUGGAAUCAGAACUAGAGGAUGAGAGACAUUUUAAAGAAGAGUCUGUAAAAUCAACUAAACAGGGUCAGAGAAGGGAGCCCUUCAACAAGGAAUUUGGAAGUCAGUCCCGUGUCAACCCUGAAAAGGAUCCAGAAAACACUUUGUUCCUCUCUCCAUCCAACCAAGUGCAUCGACAUCAAAAAAGAGAUGAAAAACAGGAAGAGGCAGCGAGAACCAUUCAGAAACAUUGGCACAGUUAUAAAAAUAGGAAUGGAAGCAAAAGUGAAGAUGCAAGCACAGAUAAUAUUUCAGAUCAGGCUGCAAUUUUGAUUCAGUCAGUGCUAAGAGGACACCUGAACAGGGAAAAACAAUUAGCGGAUCUGAAAGCUGCACAGAUCAACAAACCACUCAGCUUUGAAAACAAGAGCCCACAUGUGAACAAGAAAAUGAGCUCUCACAGCCUGGAUAAUGGUGAUGAGCAGGCCGUGAUAUUACUGCAGUCAGCCUUCAGAGGUCACCUGGCACGCUGUGGACAACUCGACAGCAGUUUGCUUUCUGAGAGAGGGACACUGAGUUCGACUCUUAGAAGCACAGGACCCGUUCCAGCACCGAGGAGGAAACCCUUUGUCCUUAAAAACCUAGCAGCUCAGGGUUUGGAACCUGCCGCAUGCAGUGAUGAUGAAGAGGCGAAGGAAGGCCUUGGAGAAGUCAAUGGAGAAGGCCGUGGUGAAAGAUGGAAAGCCAAAGAGUCAGAGGAGCCUAGCCCUCCUAUUAAAAGACUCUCCUUAGCAGGAAAAUUAAAUCAACAUCUGACUGCUGCUGCUCCUGCACAGACUUCAAAGGGUGGCGAUUCAGAUGACUCUGAUGACAUCAUUGUUUCCCCAUCACGGCCAAUGAGAUGAUGAAGCUCUUGCUUUAUAGAUGUGAUUCAGUCAUAUGGUUCAGUGAACUGAGUGCAAUAUGUAUUUGCAAACUGCAAGCAUCCUGGUUACAAAAUCUUUUUUCACAUCUCUCCCUUUUCUCCAUUAAGAAAAACAAAUCUGAUAAGAUUACAGAGAUAGGAAAACCCUUUGAUUGAUAAAAUAUGAUAAAUGACAUUUUCCAAAUAGUCGUGUUAGGUUUGUAUUAAAUAUUAAUGCUAUAAAUCUAUAAAUGUAAGCAUUGGUAUAUCGUUAGUAUACAGUAUGUAUUACUGUAUGUCCUUUUGAGCUAAGACAGCCUAGUUUGUGAGUCAUACAGUCAUCUCCUGUCUUUAAUCUUAAUGAAUAGACAGUUUUUGUUUUCAAAAAAGCUUGUUCUGACCAAAAUCAAGUGCCUGAACUCAUUUGACAAACUUUAUUGAUGAAACUUUAUAUAAAAAAAUUUUACAUUUUCUAUAAUGUGUGAAAAGUGUAUCCUGUACUAUACACUGUAUAUAUAUAUAUUACUUCACAAGUCACCCUUGUGGCCAUGGUUAACCUUUUUGAUAUACAAUUACUCAAAUGUGAAAACAUUUAUUAUUGUUUGUGGGAAUUUUGUAGUAUGCACUUGUACUCACUCAUAGCACCAUAAAUUAAACUACAUGGUGUCAGAGAGAGUUCUAUUAUUAUCUAAAAUAAUGUUUCUCAGCAGACACACAAAAGUGUGACCCAUAAGCUUUACGCUUACAUUUGUCUCUGAUGUGAUAAUGAAACUAAAUUGAUCAUUGAAUUUGAUGUUAAUUGUCGAUAAGUUGUUCAAAGGCAUUUUAUUUUAAAAAAAGUGUCGCCAGGAAUAUCUAUAAGGCCGAUGUCCCUAAGACAAAUCUUAAUUGUUUCAAUCAGUAACUGUGUACAUCUGAUCUGCAAUAUGCUUUGUGCCUUAAAGUGUAUUUAAGAAAGAAAAUUGUAUUUUAGUAUGGUGAUAUUUUAAAGAUUUAUUUUUGUUUAUUAUUAAA